ACGGUGCAGCACAAUGAAAUGCCUCAGAAAAAGAGUAACGUUCUGGAAAGCUGUAUAAUUUAUUUUUCUUCCCAGAUUGCCUCAAGUCUGCGGAGGAUUCCCUUGCUGAACGCCACUUCGAAGCCAAGAGCUUACCCGGAGGACCAGAGGGUGGUACACAGCUUCUCCUAGGAUUUGGCUUGCAGACCUGGGGGAAGGACCGUGGGAGCAGUGCCCACCCCACAAUCAAUGAGGGAUCUUCUGCAUUAUAAACAAAGCAUCAUGAAGAGGGAGGGGAAGGCCCAAUCUUACACGAAAACUCUGGAUGGAGGUUGGGGAUGGAUGGUUGUGUUUCAUUUCUUCCUGGUAAAUGUGUUUGUGAUGGGGAUGACCAAGACUUUUGCAAUUUUCUUUGUGGUUUUUCAAGAAGAGUUUGAAGGCACCUCAGAGCAAACUGGUUGGAUUGGAUCCAUCAUGUCGUCACUUCGUUUUUGUGCAGGUCCCCUAGUUGCCAUUGUUUGUGACGUAACUGGAGAAAAAUCUGCGUCCAUUCUUGGGGCUUUCCUUGUUACUGGUGGAUACCUGAUCAGCAGUUGGGCUACAAGCAUUCCCUUUCUUUGCGUGACUAUGGGAUUUUUACCUGGUUUGGGUUCCGCUUUCUUGUACCAAGCAGCUGCUGUGGUAACUACCAAAUACUUCAAAAAAAGAUUAGCUCUUUCUACAGCCAUUGCCCGUUCAGGGAUGGGACUGACCUUUCUGUUAGCACCCUUUACAAAAGUGCUGAUAGAUCUCUAUGACUGGAGAGGUGCGCUUAUAUUAUUGGGAGCUAUCACUUUGCAUCUGGUGCCUUCUAGUAUGCUCUUAAGACCCAUCCACAUCAAAAGAGAGAGCAAUUCCACUCUUAAUGAUAAAGGCAGCAGCCUGUCUGCAAGUGGUCCAGAGACAGCACGUGGGACAGAAACAUCAUGCUGCAAUGAGAUACAAGAGUCAGCCCUCAGAGACAGUACUAAGCAAAAGGCUGGACAACAUGGUAUAAGUUUAACAGUCUCACAUAAUCAAAAUGAAGACUUCAACAAUGGGCCCAACAGGAACAGGAUGUUCCUAAAAACUAAUGAAGAAAGUUAUCGGAAAAAGGCUAUUUCGUGGAGCUGUAAACAAAAACUCUUUGAUGUUUCUCUUUUUAAGAAUCCUUUCUUCUACAUAUUCACGUGGUCUUUCCUCCUCAGUCAGUUGGCAUAUUUCAUCCCUACCUUUCACCUGGUAGCCAGAGCCAAAACACUGGGGAUUGACAUCAUGGAUGCCUCCUACCUUGUUUCUAUAGCUGGUAUCACUGAGACAGUCAGUCAGAUUAUCUCUGGAUGGGUUGCUGAUCAAAACUGGAUCAAGAAGUAUCAUUACCACAAGUCUUACCUCAUCCUCUGUGGCAUCACUAACCUGCUUGCUCCUUCAGCCACCACAUUUCCACUACUUAUGACCUAUACCAUCUUCUUUGCCAUCUUCUCCGGAGGUUACCUGGCACUGAUACUUCCUGUACUGGUUGAUCUGUCUGGGAAUUCUACAGUACACAGGUUUUUGGGGCUUGCCAGUUUCUUUGCUGGGAUGGCUGUCCUUUCUGGACCACCUUUAGCAGGUUGGUUAUAUGAUUAUACCCAGACAUACACCGGCUCCUUCUAUUUCUCGGGCACAUGUUAUCUCCUCUCUUCAGUUUCCUUUUUCUUUGUACCACUGGCUGAGAGAUGGAAAAAAAGUCUGACCAGAAAAAGAGGGGACUGCAAUCAAGUGAGAGCUUAAUAAAAGAAAAUCUAAACCAAUGUCACUGGAAACAAAAGCAUGGAAGAAAAGUUCCCUCAUUUGUAAAAUGAGGUGAACCACAUAGUUUUUAAGGUUCUUUUUUGCUUUAGCAUUCUAAGGAAAGUCUGACUGCUGGUAAAACAAGUGUAACAGCAACUUAAAUUAAGCCCUUUGUUAGUA